AUGCAUACAGGUAUAGAUGAAGAGAUUAUCGACACAUUGGCUUUGGACAACCUCACCAUCCGCUUCUCCUUGCUUGACGACUACCCUGUGGCCAGUUCUCCGCUGUAUCAGUUCGAAGGCGGCAGAGGCUGGUGGGACAUCGUUGUGCGCGAGUUUUCAUUUCCAG